AUGCAGCCCAGCGUAGCAGACCGUCUCGCCGCCCCGACUUCCGCGCUCCUCGAUCUGCCUCAACCUGUCUGGGCUAUCGAACGUCAAGUACGCCGUGGGAUCGCGCGCCUUGAGGAGUAUGCACUCCUGAAGCCUCUCUCCUUCGUCCUGUCUGUCGUCCUGCGCCUGAUCGACUAUCUUUUUCUGCUCGCCGUUUUGCCGUACUGCGUGUACAAGCUUUGGAGGCUCACCGAGUUUGACUUCGCCCUCGCCGUCUUCUCGUCCGCCGUCACGACCUUCUGCCCUUCGAUUCGCAAGCUGAGUGCCACUCAACUCGGCGAGCGCCUUUUCGGACCACUCUUCGUCGAGCAGGGACGCCUUGACUCGGCCAUCUCGAAGGUCCUCUCGUCGCUCGACUGCUACACGCGCAAGGACCGCAAGCUCGAGCAGCACAAGCACCUUCGGUUUGUCGAGCUUCAAACGAACUACAGCGCCGAUGCCCAUGACGACGUGCUCGGCAAUAUGGAAGAUUUCGCCGCUGCAGUGUCGGCAGUCAGCGCGCUUUCUCACGAGCGGCAGUCGCAGAUGGCCUCGACCCUCCGCUUCGAAGCUGAAUCCGAGCGCGCUCCUAUGAUGAAUGGGGCGCAGGCAGAGGAGCGCGAUUACAGCUUUCGUUUGCGGAUGCUCCUGUUCCAGGCGAUGAUCUGUCUGUACGACGCAGCCCGACUCAGGAUAGAGCAGACCAAACUCUGCCGCCAGAUCGAGUAUCUGAGCCUCAAACUUGGCUACGUGAUUCACCGAAUCCUGGCCUUCGGCGCGACUCACCCACCCAGCGUCAACCUCUUUAACCAGUAUCUCCUCGCCGAACAUGGUCAACGCUUCAACGCCGCCAUCUACGCCGACCGGGACGACGAGUGUGCCGACGGCUCCACCGAUUACACCGCAAAGAUGACUGACAUGGCGUUGGACAGCCUCACCGCGAUCGCUUCCGUACCCCCGACGCAGCCUUGGUGGCACCCCUCGCUUGCGUCGUUCUGCGGAGGGUAUAUGGCGCUCCACAAAGCCCAGCUGGAUGUCAUCAAGGCCGAGGAGGCGCUCUUUAACUCGAUCCUCGCCGCCAUUCUCACUCGCAAGGAUUUCAAGCGGACGAUGACCGAAUGGAAGAGCGCGCGCAGCUCGUAG